CUUAACCCGAGGUACCACUGUACAUAGAUGUGUGGACCACAUGUCUGGAGCAGCACAGGAGGACCGCCCUGAAACCAUUUUCACUUCCAAACUGACCAAAUGUUUUCUUCAAGGAGGGAGGAGGUGGGGGAGCCACCCCAUUGUCUUUUUGUUCACAAAUCCUGUCUUAAGGAUAUGUCUGUGUAUGAAUAGGGUGAGCCUGUGACCUGGCUCAGGAACUAAGUAUUUAUCAUUACAAAAGACUGGCCAGGCUCCCCAGGGUAUCCAAUCAAGUAAGCAUUAACAGGUAACCUGCCAGACAGGAGGUAAACAACGCACUCAGAUUUCUGUUGUAGACCGCCCUUUCUGUGAUGUAGGUAUGAUGUAUCUGGGGGUUGUCUUGGACUCCAAGGCGGACAAUUUAAAAUGUCUAUAUAAGGGCGGACACACCUUUGUUCUGGGUCCUCCUUUCCUGCGUGUGAAAGGGGCACCCUGUUGCAACAGUUCAGUAAAGAUCAGGCUUACGAGCUGCUUUGCUUCUCAAUAUUCUCUGAUUGGCCUCCGUUAUUUUCUCCAACCGAUGGAGAACCUACAAAGGGCUCUAUAAGGGCUCUUGUGUCCCCCAUAAGGGAAUAAGGGCAGAUUUUCGUUUAUUACAGAGGUUUAUAAGCAGAGGUUCAAUGGCCCUCAGUCAUGGAUGCUCCAGUUGAGAUUCUUGCAUUGCAGGGGGUUGGACUAGAUGACUCUGGGGUUCCCUUUCAACUCUACCAUUCUAUGAUGCUAUGAUAUUGAGGAGAGCAGAACCAGAGGUGCACAGGUGUAGUUUGAGACUGCUGGUGGUCCAGACAGACCAUUUCAUUAAUUCAGCCCCCUCCUCCCCACUGCCCCUUGUAGCAAUUGUUAACACAGUGUGCUAGGUGCUGCAUGACUUUUAAGAGAAUGACGAUUUGCAUUGGGGUCGCGAUAAAAUACAAUGUGAGAAAUAAAAGAAGAGACGAAAAGGAAUGCAACUAAAAAUCCAUAUGGAUAUUUAACACGGGCGUCCCUGAACCAGGCCGCGAUUGCUAGGGGGGCGCCCGGUUGCUAAGCAGCCAGAGUAGGCCCCGUUGCUAAGGGGCGGAGCCGGCCGAAGCGACGCGAGGAGGCGGAGAAAGGGACCCGGAUGAUGCCGGGCGGAGCUACGCUUGCGGCCGGAAGGAAGCCGGGCUAGCCACGACCCGCAGGUAACCAUGGCAACGGGGGGGAGAUUUUUCUGCGACAAUUUGAAGGACCUGCCCGUCAACCUUAAGAUUCUUUUUUUCAUCAGGGCCAUUUUCUCCCCUGAGCUUCAGGAGCUCCAGAGACCCCGCUCCAUUGCCUGAGCCCAGAUGCCAGGGCUUAGGGCGGCCGCCUUUGAUUGGGGGCGAUUGAUUUUCUCACCUGGUGCUGAAUCGACUUCACAGCAACCCAUUGCGAUCUGUUGCAUCCUCACAGGGUGACCCCUCUGCAAUUUGUCUCUCUCACACUUAUUAAUGUGUAGAUCUGUCUGUGCUUGGCCACCCAGAGCUUAUUUUUACUACGUAUUUUGUGGUUUUAUAUCUUGAUUUUAUUCUGUGAACUGGCCUGAGACUCCUGGGUAUAGGGCGGUAUAUAAAUUCAAUUAAUAAGAAUAAUAAUACACGGCCUUCCACACACCCUUCCGAACACAUGCGUUUUUUGGGAGAGGAGCCCUAACUCGGCAGGCAGGCAGAAGACCUGAAGUUCAGGACAAAAUAAUAGCAGUAAUAAUAAUUUAAUUAUUUACGCCCUGCCCAUCUGGCUGGGUUUCCCCAGCCACUCUGGGCGGCUCCCAACAGAAUAUUAAAAACACAAUAAAACAUCAAACAUUAAAAACUUCCCUACAACUGUAUCUGUACAUUUUACGUAGCGUUUCACAUUGAAAUACAGGACAAUCCUGCAUUAUACAGGACAGGUGGCAAGCCUGUCAGCGCUGGUUCCCAGAUUCCAGACACCAUGUUGGAGGAUACAGAAAGAAGCCCUCAAGCCUCCCAGGCUGAGAGCAGUGGGAAAUUCUGGGAAGGCAGUGUGAAGAAGAUCCUGGGUCAGGAAAGCAACAUCCUCUGUUCAGAUGCUCCCAGCCAGCGCUUCAGGCAUUUCUGCUACCACGAGGCCGAAGGACCCAGAGCGGUUUGCAGUCGACUCCACUAUCUCUGCCAUCAGUGGCUGAAGCCAGAGCGACACACAAAAGCUCAGAUCUUGGACCUGGUGAUCCUGGAGCAAUUCCUGGCUGUCCUUCCCCCGGAGAUGGAGAGCUGGGUCAGGGAAUGUGGAGCGGAAACCAGUUCCCAAGCGGUGGCCCUGGCAGAAGGUUUCCUCCUGAGUCAGGCAGAGGAGAAGAAGCAGGCAGAGCAGCAGGUGAGACACUUUAAUCUUAAUAGUUUUGUGCUGAUGGCUGUAUUUUCAUAAACGUAAAAUAAACAAAAACAUUUUUAUUGUUUUGGAUAUUAGAGGCUGCAGCAAAAAUAACUUACUUGUUAAAUUUUAACUGCUAUAUUACAACCUAUGUGCCAGUCAUCCAUUAUCCCUUUUCUUCUAUUGUUUAGGUAUUUAGAAUAUAAAUGUUUAAAAAUCCCAUAUACAGUGGUCCCUCGGGCUACAUACGCUUCAGCUUACAUACGCUUCUGGUUACAGAGUCCACUAACCCAGAAAUAGUACCUUGGGUUAAGAACUUUGCUUCAGGAUGAGAACAGAAAUCGCGUGGCGGCGGUAGCGGGAGGCCCCAUGAGCUAAAGUGGUGCUUCAAGUUAAGAACAGUUUCAGGUUAAGAACGGACCUCCAGAACGAAUUAAGUACUUAACCUGAGGUACCACUGUAUAUCUCUACCUACCUAUCUAUCUAUCUAUCUAUCUAUGUUUACCCAGGUAUUCAGUGUCUGAAGUUUUAUUGAGUGACAUGUUACAUUAGGGCAUUUCCUAACAUGUAUUCCAUGUAUAUCCUUUUUCUCAUCCAUUUCUCUCUUUACUCCCUGCAUAUUCUAGUUUCACGAGCAGGAAGCAGAUGCUGAUCUCCCCGAGGCAGAGGAGACUCCACGGAUGCCGAAAAUACCUUCUCUUCCUUGUGGUGGGGCAGAAGCCGCCUCAGUAAAACUAUAUCAGGUAAGCAGGCGACGGGGAAUGAUCACUGGGUAGCCAGGUGGGGACAGGAUCCUGGCCCUCGUUGCCAGACGAACUCAAGCUCCCGAUUCUUUUUCUGACAAAGCCUUUGCUGCAUCAAUCGGAUUGGUACAAGGUGUGGCUUACAAAGUAUAGCAGGUACAAGACAGGUAUUUUUGCACUAGCUAAGGUGUUGAUCCAGCAGAUGUCAUGUCCAGUGUGUCUUCCUUUUGAUGAGCUGGGCGGGCAGCAGCUGAAGUCCAAGGAUUGGCAAGAAAGUGGGCACGCCUUCUUGUGGGUUGGAGCCUGUGAAGUUGGUUUGCAGAGAAGUGAAGUUGGUCUUGGCUCAGCAUCCGAAUAUGCUUUCAGUGACCUCACCAGAAGUCUGUGGGAGAAAAUUCCCUUGGUGGAGGAUGGGGGUUAGAGGCUCACACCAAACCCCCAAUUAGUCUGACUUCAUUCAGUAAUGUGUUACCAGAUGAAAGAGUCUGUGAGAGCAUAUCCAUUAGCAAAUGUGCAUCGUCAAGGCUGUUUCUUCUCUAGCCAACCACUUUCUGCCACCUCAACGCCCCACUGUCUCUUCAUCCAACUGCAGUCCUUGAAAACACUCAACCCAAGUUUUUUGCUCUCUGUUCAGAGCCCUCCAUAUGCCUUAUCUGGAGUUGUCUUUCACACUAACAGUCAGCGCUGGGUUUCUCCUAUUCAUUUAAUUUAUACACCACCCUAUACCCGGAGGUCUCAGGGCGGUUCACAGAAAACCAGGGCGGUUCAUAAAUAAAACCAAAAUAAAAACAAUAACCCAAUAACACCACACCACACCCCCAAAAGAGCCACAUUUUAAAAGGGUGUGGGAUGUCAAUCAGGUCAACCAAAGGCCUGGUUAAAAAGGAACAUUUUUGCCUGGCGCCUAAAGUUGUAUAAUGAAGGCACCAGGCGAACUUCCCAGGGGAGAGCAUUCCACAGAUGGGGAGCCACUGCAGAAAAGGUCCUGUUCUUGUGUUGCCAUCCUUUGGACCUCUCGAGGUGGAGGCACAUGAAAGAGGGCCUCAGAAGAUGAUCUCAGGUGCAUAUGGAAAGAGGCGGUCCUUGACGUAUUGCGGUCCUGACCCGUUUAAGGCUUUAUAGGCUUUGAAUUUGGCCUGGAAACUAAUCAGUAGCCAGUGCAUUUGGACCAGGAUUGGAGUAACAUGGGCAAACUGUCUUGCUCCAGUGAGCAACAUGGCCACUGAAUUCGGCACUAGCUGAAGAUUCCGAACCAUCUUCAGAGGCAACCCUACAUAUAACACAUUGCACUUUGUAACAGUUCUUACCACUUCUGUGGUCAGGCCUCGCUCUGGUGUAGUGACACUGGCCUCACUGAUAAUAGUUUUUGCAGAAUUUCUACCUCAAGUGAGAGGCUCUUCGCUGAUAGAAGGUACCAGAAGCAGCUCCACAAUAAGGCGUGUCUUGAGUAGAGGUUUCCGACGUGACGGGCAGAACGCUUCUCUGUCAGUCUUCCUCGUUCCCUAACUUAGAUCUAGCUCCUUAUUUUCCCAAUGGCCCUCAUGAAGGUUUAAAUCCUAUAAGGAGAUACCCGCCAACAUCACCCUUAAUUGUUUUGUCUGAUUGCACUUGAAGGGGGGAGAAUUGAAGCAAUAACUGUGCAGGGUGAAAUGUUUCUUUCUCUUUCAGGAUCUUUUGGUAUUUGAGGAGGUGGCUGUGUACUUCACUGGGGAGAAGUGGGCGCUGCUAGAUUCAAACCAAAGGACCCUUCACAGGGACGUCAUGAAGAAAUGUGGGAUCAUGACUUCUCUAGGUAAAGUUCCUUCUGUUUAACGUUUCAUAAAAAUCAGUGUCCAAAUUCUAAUAAAUUAUUGGAACCUUUUUUAGUUUUCUUUUUGCAUUCUUACCUACUGGCAGAGGGCUCAGUAGUUAUUUCUGAUAUUUUGAAUUCAUAUGAGUUUGUAUUGAACUGUUUUGAUAAACUUGUUUGUGCUUUAUUAAGAUGUGACUGUAUUUUUUUAUAUUACAGUGACCACUGAGAGUCAGUGUGGUGUAGUGGUUAAGAGUGGUAGUCUCGUAAUCUGGUGAACUGGGUUCAAGUCUCCACUCCUCCACAUGCAGCUGCUGGGUGACCUUGGGCUAGUCACACUUCUCUGAAGUCCCUCAGCCCUACUCACCUCACAGAGUGUUUGUUGUGGGGGAGGAAGGGAAAGGAGAAUGUUAGCCGCUUUGAGACUCCUUAGGGUAGUGAUAAAGCGGGAUAUCAAAUCCAAACUCUUAUUGUUCUUCAUAAUGUUUGUUAAUUUUCAACGCUAUUGUUAUCAUGAAAUGCUUUCAUCUCAACAUUUGUUGUUGGAAAAACAGAAUGCAAGUAUUAAAUCUAAGAUCACCACCUUGAGUCUUCCUCUUCCAGUCCAGCUGGCUUCUGGGGGUUUCUUCCCAGGAAGCCCUGGGCUGGCAGAUAUUUGCCAAAGCCAUUCAAUGAUGUCAGGUGUGACUGUCAGAGGCUGCGUUCCCCACUUGCUUCUGGAGGAAGUGGUUUGAUGCUCUAAGGCCGCAACCUCAUGUGUAUGCAUCAAAACAUAAGUUUUGAUCAAGCCAAAGGUCCACCGUGUGGUCAGGGAAUGGUCAUAUGCAGAGGAAUGGUGGAGGAACCAGCUGGGGAACCCCCAAGGGAAGAAGGCUCACGGCUUGGGGAUUGGUGGUAGGACAAUGAUGAGUAGUCAGAGGGAAAAGACUGGGAGGAGGAGGUGUCGGAAGCUGAAGAGGUAACAGGGUUUAGUGAGCGGGGAGAGUCUGUGACAGAGAGAAGCCCAGAAUCACAGGCAGAAGCUGAAGCAGGAGAGGAGGGAGGCCAAGAGGCAAAGAUGUGUCAGACUGGUGAAGAGGCAUGGGUGUCUCCCCCUCCUGCUGAGACCAGCUCCCCUCCUUCCUGGUCUCCCUGAACCAAGAGAGGCCUGAAGCAGGAGGAGCAAAGACAGCUACACCGGCAUAGUCUCUGAUUGCUUCGGAAGGAGAGGAGGAGACACAGCAAGCUGUAGGGAGAUGGGGACCUCUAGUCUUGGCAACUGCUUCAUGGGGACAAGACCUGAGUUCUCAUUAGGCCUGACACUUGUGUUUUGCUAAUAAAGAGUUACCGUAUUUUUCGCUCUAUAGGAUGCACCCGACCAUAGGACGCACUUUGUUUUAGAGGGGGAGAACAAGAAAAAAUAACUCCCCCUCUCUGCUCAGCGCCCCUUCAGCGAAGCGGCAGGAGAAAUGGAGCCCCUUCCAUUCUCCUCCCGCUUCGCUGAAGGGGCGCUGCGCAGCUCUCCCUCUCUGCUGAAGCCAGGAGAGUCUUGCUCUCCCGGCUUCAGCAAAAGGAACCCGAAGCCUUCGAAGCACAGCGCGAGUUUCCGCUGCGCUCCAAAGGCUUCAGGCGGUUAUCCCUGAAGCCUGGAGAGCGAGAGGGGUUGGUGCGCACCGACCCCUCUAGCUAUCCAGGCUUCAGUGAAAGCAUCACGUAGCCUCCAGAGCGCGGAGGAAGCGCUCCCUCUGCACUUCGGAGGCUUUGUGUUGCUAUUGCUGAAGCUAAGGAGCCUGCAUUCGCUCCAUAGGACGCACACACAUUUCCCCUUAAUUUUUGGAGGAGAAAAAGUGCGUCCUAUAGAGCGAAAAAUACGGUAACUCUAGCUUGCUUGGGGUGAUUUACUGCUGGCUUGCUGCUGCCAUCUAGCACCCUGCUUCCUUCAGUGGCCAGCCAGAUGUCUCUAUCAGCAGGGUGUAAAGGCACAAGCCCUCUGUGAUUGUUACUUCAAAGCAGCUGGUAUUGAGAAGCAAACCUCUUCUGAAGCUCUAACUUAGUGUGACUUGGCCAGAGAAAAAGCCAGAUGUAAAUAAUCUAAAUACAUAACAACAGAAAAAGGGUAUAAAUAAUCCAAUAUCUCCCUGCCAUUCCAGGCAGUGAAAUAACAGCAGCCAUCAGUUCGAGGCCGCCUGUUCUUCAGGAUGGAAUGGGAACGGAUUCCACGCAACCAGACAAGGUAAGGGGUUGAUCAUCCCAGAUCCUUCACUGACCUACAGUGCCCAUUGCUUCAGUGAUGAGUGUGAACAGGUCUCUGUCCUCUCCUCAUCUUCCUGGGCCUGAACCAUCACCUUUGCUUCUGUCAAUUUGCUCACUGAGGAGAUUGUGAGCGCCAUAGCUCUGGUGCAGAAUAUUUGCUUUGUAUGCACAGGUUCUUGGGUUCAGUUCCCAGCAUCUCCACGUAGAGCUGGGAGACUCCGGAAACCCUGGAGGGCCUCUGCCGGUCAGUGUAGACUCAGUAUAAUGCAGCUUCUUUAAAGACUUUCUUUUCUCUCUCUCUCUCUCUUUUUGGUAAUUUUUAUUUACUUUUCUUCACUUUUAUUUGUACAAGAAACGUGCAAAACAGCAUUUGACAGCAUAUAAAAAGCAAAACAUAAACAUAUAUAUUAGAAGCAAAAAAACUUGUUUUGAUGAAUUGGAAUAGCCGCAAAAAGAUUCCAUUGAGCACAUGGAUUGAUAAUAUGGACAGAUUAGCUACAUACGAAUGAAUUGCAUGUCGACCCAAAAUAAGAAUGGAUAAAUAUGAAAAAAAUCUGGAACAAAUAUUUAAGCGAUAAGGCGCUUAAGUGGUGGGAAGUAGGAGAGAGAGGUGGGAAAAUAUUGUUUAAAAAGGUGUAGUUGUAGGUAUAUCAGUGUAUUCAAAUCUGAAUUGUCAAAUUGUAUUAUUAUUGUUAUUAUGGUUUUUGUUGUAUGUGUCUUUUGCGGUUGAUGUUUGUAUCGAAGAAAUGAUUAAACAAAUUUUUAAAAAAGCAAAACAUAUAAUAAAAAUAAAAUGGCAUGUAUGUGCAUGGCUGUGUAUACGUGCAUUGCACCAACCUGGAAGUGAUAAACGUCAUAAAGAUGUCACUGAAAGGGCGGAAUGAGGUGUUUGCAGGCUUUUCCAAUGGGUUUCAAUUAAAUGAAAUUUUGCCACCACGCACGGUGCCUCAGAAUGUAACCCGCCGCCUAAACGGGGGGGCUGCUUGUAAUACAUUUGUAUUUGGGCUAAGUAUCAAAGCUCAAGCUGUGAAAGGAAACAAGUUGUGUCCAGAGAGGGAGCCACCACGGAAAAGGCCCAUUCUCGUGUUGCCACCCUCUGGGCCCCUUGUGGAGAGGGGGCGCACGGAGAAGGGCCUCAGAGGGCGAUCACAGGGCCCAGAUUGGGGAGAGGCAGUCCAAAUCAGAUAAAAAGCACCCGGUGGCUCCGAGCCUUGUCUAAAUCUUACGUCAACGUGUAAUUUCCUCCAUUAUAGCCGACUUUCAGGACUUCCAACAAGCCUUUCAAGCUGAAAGCUUUCCCAGUUUCUAAGACGUUUUUACUGCUUUAUCAUUUGCUGCUUGCUGCCCUGGGCUGUUUAGGGAAGAAGUCUGGGAUAUAAAUUUAAGAAAUCUGAAUGAUCUGGGGGGGGAUCUGGCGACCCUCCAGCUGGACUCCCAACUCCCAUCAUCCCUGACUAUUGGCCAUGGUAGCUGGAGCUGAUGGAAGUUGGGGUCUGGCGGCUUAAAUCCUCCUGCGGAGAAACACCUGCUUGGCUGCCCCACUUUUACUGCCUUACUUGCAGUAAGUAGAAGGGGAAGAAGCAUGACUUGUUGCCUGUUUGAACCCUAUGUCUUCUAGGGCCUGGUGACCUUUGAGGACGUGGCUGUGUAUUUCAAUGAGGAGGAGCUGACCGUGCUGGAUCCGCAUCAGAGAGACCUGCACAGGGAAGUCAUGGAGGAGAACUUCUGGAACGUGUCCUCUCUGUGUAAGCUUUCCUCCUUUUUCACCUCCGGGGUCAGAAGCAGACUGUAAACAUUAGGAAACAAAUAAUACGUUUCCGAGCACAAUUCAAAGUGCUGGUGCUGACCUUUAAAGCCCUAAACGGCCUCAGCCCAGUAAACCUGAAGGGACGUCUCCACCCCCAUUGCUCAGCCCGGAAACUGAGAUCCAGCGCCAAGGGGUGAGCUCCCAUUGCUCGGUCCCUGCUCCUGCCAACCUAGCAGUUCGAAAGCACGUCAAAGUGCAAGUAGAUAAAUAGGUACUGCUCUGGCGGGAAGGUAAACGGCGUUUCCGUGCACUGCUCUGGUUCGCCAGAAGCGGCUUAGUCAUGGUGGCCACAUGACCCAGAAGCCAUAUGCAGGCUCCCUCGGCCAAUAAAGCGAGAUGAGCCCCGCAACCCCAGAGUCGGCCACGACUGGACCUAAUAUAGCACCAGUCCUGAAAGACCUACAUUGGCUCCCAGUACAUUUCUGAGCACAAUUCAAAGUGUUGGUGCUGACCUUUAAAGCCCUAAAUGGCCUCAGCCCAGUAUACCUGAAGGAGCUUCUCCACCCCCACUGUUCAACCCGGACACUGAGGUUCAGUGCCGAGGGCCUUCUGGCGGUUCCCUCCUUGCGAGAAGUGAGGUUACAGGGAACCAGGCAGAGGGCCUUCUCAGUAGUGGCGCCCACCAUGUAGAACGCCCUCCCGCCAGAUGUCAAGGAAAUAAACAACUAUCUGACUUUUAGAAGACAUUUGAUGGCAGCCCUGUUCAGGGAAAUUUUUAAUGUUCAAUGUUUUAUUGUGUUUUUAAUAUUCUGUUGGGAGCUUUCCAGAGUGGCUAGGGAAACCCAGCCAUAUGGGUGGGGUAUAAAUAAAUUAUAUUAUUAUUAUUAUUAUCCUCACCACAAUGUAGUGGAUUAUAAAAAGGAGUGUCUCUUGUCUUACAGCUCCAAACUAAUUCCCUUACUCUCUUGUGGCCUUACUACAUUGUGCCACUUCUCUUUUCCAGCAUGUGAUAGACUCACGUGGAAGAGUGAGACUGAGCAAGAACUGUGUGGCGCGUCACUGAAAAGAGACAGAAGCAGAGAGAGGAAAGAGUGGAGGCGGAAAACGGAAGCAAAACAGAAGGGAAGGAAAAGUUCUGUGGUUUAUCAACCCUGUGACGUCCAGGAAAUCCCAACCCAAGACAAAAUGGUGGAAGGAAAAGAAAGGAAUAGGCAUCCCAUGUGCAAGAAGACCUUUGGUUUGAAACCAAGUUUUAAUGUUCAAUGGAGAACGCAAACACUGGAGAAACCACUUCAGUGCUCCGAGUACGGAAAGGGCUUAAGCCACCGUUCAGAACUCAAGACCCGUAAGAGAGUCCUCCUAGAGGGGAAAGCGUUUCACUGCUUGGAGUGUGGGAAGAACUUCAGUGGGCAUUCGAGCCUCAGGACCCACCAGAGAAUCCACAUAGGGGAGAAGCCGUUUCAGUGCUCCGAGUGCGGAAAGAGCUUCACUCAGAAAAUCAACCUCCAUUCCCAUCAGAAAAUCCACACGGGAGAAAAACCGUUCAGAUGCUCCGAGUGUGGAAAGAGCUUCAUCAAGAACACGGACCUCACACGGCACCAAAGGAUCCACACCGGGGAGAAACCCUACGCCUGCUCCGAGUGCAGCAUAAAUUUCCGCCACAAGUGGAACCUUAGGAACCAUCAGAGGCUGCACACAGGGGAGCAGCCCUUUAAAUGUGCCGAGUGCGGGAAGAACUACGUCAACAGCACGAAUCUCCUUUCACAUCAGAGAAGCCACACGGGGGAGAAGCCAUUUCAGUGCUUGGAGUGCGGGAACUGCUUCCGGAGGAAUGGGGACCUUGCUAGGCACCAGAGGGUCCACACAGGGGAGAAGCCCUACAAGUGCUUGAUAUGUGGGAAAAGGUUCAGUCAGAACUCGAGCCUCCAUGCCCACGAGAGGAGCCACACAGGAGAAACAGUACGGAUGCUCAAGGUGUGGAAAGAGCUUUGGCCGGAACAGGCCUAACACCACAUCAGAGAAUCCGCACGGGAAUUUCAUGUAGAAGUGUUGGAAGCAAGUGUGGGAAUGUUCAGGGAUGCAGGAGAGGGUAUAUUGUUUGAUUAUAUCCUUUCCAACUUGUGUUAACAAGUUCUACAGUUUAGCAGAGUAACAUUCCCCUUUUUUAAACUUGCACAGCGGAUGCGUUUGCUCAGGCUCGCUAAAGCCUCUAAAAUAAGUUUCGUUGAUAAUUCCCCAUUUAGUCCCUCAUAAAAAGAUAAGACAUGACACAGUCUUCUAUAAAAGUAUAAGAGUUUACUCACACAUUCUGUUCACAAUUGGAUCCCACAAAGCAGACUUAAGUUAGAAAAGUAAUAUACCUGGAAACUAUCCUAUGAGGAGAUAGCCCCUUUGGAAACCAAGAGAGCAUGUUAGGCUAAGCAGAUGUUGCUUCUUCGAGGGAUAUUGUCAGAGAGAGAGAGAGAGAGAGAGAGAGAUGGCUGACCAGUCUUGCUCUUUUGUCACCUGGGCAGGUGAGGUUACGCCCACCUUUAGUCACAUGCACAGGAAGUCUGCCCCAGCCUAAGAGAAACAGGAAGUUCCGACUGGCUGGUGUAGACAUCCCCUUUUAUGUCCACUCUAGGGAUGUUGUACUUGACCGCUCUUCUGUUCACAUCCCACAGCAAGAACGUAAGGAAAGCCUGGCUGCUGGAUCAGGCCAGGAUCAGUAUCCUGUUCUCAAGGUGGCCAGCCAGAUUCUUGUGGGGAAACUGGCAAGCAGUAACCGAAUACAAGAGCAUUCUCCCCUCCUGCAGUUUCCAGAAAUUGGCAUUCAGCAGCGUUGCUGCCCCCAGCUGUGAAGGCAGUGCUCAGCUUCCACCAUUGCCAGUAGCCACUGAAAGAUUAAAGUAGGUAAAGGACCCCUAUUCAUUAAUCUCAGUGGCUCUACUCUGAGGAGCACUUAGUUGAAUACAACCCAGGAUGUUUGGGGAUCCUAUGACUGUGCUGGCAAGUACUGUCACCCUCUUCCUUCACAUUAGCCUCUGCCAGCCUUGUGCUUUCCAGGUUUCUUGGAGUACAAAACCCACCAUCCUUGACCACCAGUUGUGCCGAUGGCAACUAUACUACAAAACCCAUGUUUUGCACCAGGUUGAUGAAGGCUGCUUUACAGACAGUAGUAACAUAGCCUUUCAGUUUUGUUUAAAUGCUCUAAGCUAAGUCACCAUUUGUUACAAUAAACCAUUAUAUUAAAUUCUUUGUUUUCUUCUGGCAUGUGUGUAUGUUUCUCCUGGUUUCCUUUUAAUUCAAGUUUAAAGCUUUCGUGGAUAUAAGUGGCCUUUAAGCACUUAAGCAGAAGUGAGGGUUGGGAAGAGAAAUGAAAUGAAAUGGAAAAUAAAGGAUGUCCACUUUGCGUUUCUGUUUAAAACUCAAGGCAGUUCACAUACAAAAACAAUGCAAACAAAGAAUUCAUGAAACUUAGGCUCCAUCUGCACAACAACAAUUUAUUAUUUGUACACAGCCUUUUAGUUAUUUGGAGAUGGCAAUCAUAUCUCCUCUGUCUCCUCCAGGGUAAACAUACCCAGCUCCUUCAACCGUUCCUCAUAUGGCUUUGUUCCCAGAGACUUGGGGGUGAUGGGAGUUGUAGUCCAGCAACAUCUGGGGACCCCAGGCUGAAAAACACAGGCCUAUAAGCUCCUCCAGUGGCUCAGGAGCAGCAGAGCUACUCUUCUUUACAAUGGAAGCAGGAAGUUGGUAAUAUCAGGGCUUUUGGGCUUGAGACCUCAAUACCUCAAGGACCGCUUCUCAUAUGAACUGAUCCAAGCCCCGAGACCAUCCUCUGAGGCCUUUCUUCAUGCGCCUCCUCCAUGAGACGCCCAGAGGGUGGCAACACAAGAACAGGCCUUUUCUGUGGUGGCUCCCCGCUUGAGGAAUGCUCUCCCCCGGGAAGCUUCAUUAUAUACUUUUAGGGGCCAGGCAGAAAACGCCAUUCUUCAACCAGACCUUUGGCUGACUGACAUUCUAUGUCCUUUUAAAUGUGUUUUUCGGAGGUGCGGUUUAUGGGUUUGUUCUUGUUUUUAUUCUGUAUUUUGUUUUUGUUUUGUACUUUUAUGCUGUGAACUGCCCCAAGAUUUUCAGAUGAAGGGCAGAAUAAAUAUGUAAUAAAUAAAUAAAUACAAUAAAUAAUAAUUCUGCACUAGCUUCAGAUUUCUGAUCAUCUUCAAGGGGGCUCAUUACAGUAGGCCUGAAAGGAGGAGAGCAU